ACAAGUUGUGUAGGACAACCGCAGCAAAACAAAAUGAACACCAAAGUAUCUUGCAAGAUAAUCUGGAUCGUUCAUCUCUUGUUGGAGCACAAAAGAUGAGACAUUUUAGCCAGCUUUGGAGAACACAAGAGAUUGUGUGCAACAAUAGUGAUGGUGUCAGCUGUGGCCAAAAACAUGUUGACUGUGCUUUUGUCACACACACACUAUUCCCAUAGCACCAGCUGCAAUGUUUAUGCGGUGAUAUUUACCUCUUCCCUAGGUCGUAUUCCAGACAGCCUGAAAAACUGUGUCAACAAAGAACAUUUGACCACCGCUACACACUGGGCGAGCAUGGACCCUGGAGUUGUUCACCCAGAGCUUAAUGGCGCUACUUACAGGUACCCUCCCGGUGUGGUGAGCGUGGCUCCCCCCGGAAUCCCCACCGCCGUGGAAGGCAUCGUCCCGAACGCCAUGCCCUUAUCGCAUGGCCUGCCUCCCGUCGCUCAUCCGCCCCACGCUCCUUCUCCCGGCCAGACGGUGAAACCGGAAGUGGAUAGAGACCAUCCCAACGACCAAUUGUAGCCUACGAGAAGAUCAUUCCCAAGGUAGAUGGUGGCAACUUUUGGAAAGCACGUGGUGAAACAUUCGGACAGGUGCUGAACCACGAGGAGGACCUGGAGACGGGUCCCUCACGUUUUUAAGGAACUGGUCCCGAUACGCAGCAUCCUCGCGAGCAGCAGUGGGAGCGAUGAUGGAACGAUGAUCUGAAAACUUUAUUCCUCCAUAUAAAAAUGUAGUUUGUCCCUGUCCAGUGACCCGAAUCACAAAUUUUCUGUAUUCCUGUGGGUUCUUUGUUAAGCCAGAGAAGUUAGUAGUUAAUUAUAUCAUGAAUGUACUUUGUCUGUGUACAAUUUUUAGAACAUUAACCAAGGUUUGUUUGCUCCAUGGUCAACUACAAGAACAAAAAUAAAAAAUAAAAAAACCACACACACACACACACACACACACACACACACACACACACAAAGAGAGGCAUUUGACAAACCACUUUAAAAAGUUGAAAACUUUUUUGUUUUUGUUUUUUAUAUAUGUUUAAAAAGAAAUGCCCCAAAAUUGAGGCAGUUGAUGAAACUUCUCAGGAUAACUCCCACCCACUUAUUUUUCUUUCUUUCUUCUUUCUUUCUAUGCCAUACAGUGCAUUGUUUUUUUACCUUCUUGUCUUAUUAUUUUAUUUUUUGUUUUUUAGAAUAAUUUAAUAAAAUGCAAAAAAACCUCCCACCUUUCUCCUGAUUUUGGCAUAACCCGCCCCAACAUUUCAGAAUGAAGAUGUUUGAAAGAGAUUUUUGAGGUGCAAAUAAGAAAGUUUUUGUAUAAACAAAGGUCAUACUUUUUGUUUUUGUCACCAGUUAAAGUAUAUAUUAUUGCUGAAGUGCAGAGAGAGAGAAAGAGAGAGAGAGAGAGAGAGAGAGAGAGAGAAGAGAGAGAAAGAGAAGAGAGAUUGACUGAGAAAGGCGUACUAGAGUUAC